GAGGAGCUGUGGGCCCAGCCAGCCUUGGAGAUGCCGAAAAGACGGGACAUCCUUGCGAUCGUCCUCAUCGUACUGCCCUGGACACUGCUUGUCACCGUGUGGCACCAGAGCACCAUCGCGCCUCUGCUCACCGCACACAAGGAUGACGGUAGUGACCCCCGGCGCGACGUGCCUCAGGGCGCCGACCCCAGGGAAUACUGCAUGUCCGACCGCGACAUCGUGGAGGUGGUGCGCACCGAGUAUGUGUACACGCGGCCCCCGCCGUGGUCCGACACGCUGCCCACCAUCCACGUGGUGACGCCCACCUACAGCCGCCCGGUGCAGAAGGCCGAGCUGACACGCUUGGCCAACACGCUGCUGCACGUGCCCAACCUGCACUGGCUGGUGGUGGAGGAUGCGCCGCGCCGGACGCCGCUGACCGCGCGCCUGCUGCGCGACACCGGCCUCAACUACACCCAUCUGCACGUGGAGACGCCCCGUAACUACAAGCUGCGCGGCGACGCCCGUGACCCGCGCAUCCCGCGGGGCACAAUGCAGCGCAACCUGGCCCUGCGCUGGCUGCGGGAGACCUUCCCGCGCAACACCAGCCAACCGGGUGUGGUGUACUUCGCUGACGACGACAACACCUACAGUCUGGAGCUCUUUGAGGAGAUGCGCAGCACCAGGAGGGUGUCUGUGUGGCCCGUUGCCUUCGUUGGUGGCCUUCGGUACGAGGCCCCACGGGUCAACGGGGCUGGGAAGGUGGUCGGCUGGAAGACCGUGUUCGACCCGCACCGACCAUUUGCAAUAGACAUGGCUGGAUUUGCAGUCAACCUGAGGCUCAUUCUACAGCGUAGCCAGGCCUACUUCAAGCUGCGUGGUGUGAAGGGAGGCUACCAGGAAAGCAGCCUCCUCCGAGAACUUGUUACCCUCAAUGACCUGGAGCCCAAGGCAGCCAACUGCACCAAGAUCCUGGUCUGGCACACACGGACAGAGAAGCCGGUGCUGGUGAAUGAGGGGAAAAAAGGCUUCACUGACCCCACUGUGGAGAUCUGAGCCCCAGGCUACAGGAGCCUCCUUCUCGAACCCUGUUCCUGGCCUUCCAUCCUCUCCCCAUGGCUGAUGGUCCCUCCGAGGCAAACUCCUAAGGAAUCACCAUCACCCUCCUUUCUAUACUGGGGGCUUCAGAGAGAGCCCAGCCUGAUGCCGGGACAAAGGACAGAGAAUCAAAGCACAGAAAUCCCAGACCUGUUGUUACCUUCCAUCCA